CUUCCCCAGCGCCCGAUUUCCGCUUCCGGUCUUCGGAACGGUCCGCGGUAGCUAUGGAGGAACCGGAGAUGCAGCUCAAGGGAAAGAAAGUCACAGACAAGUUCACUGAGAGCGUCUAUGUCCUGGCCAACGAGCCAUCCGUGGCCCUAUACCGGCUGCAGGAGCAUGUGCGCCGCUCUCUGCCCGAGCUUGCCCAGCACAAGGCCGACAUGCAGCGGUGGGAGGAGCAGAGCCAGGGAGCCAUUUACACAGUGGAGUAUGCCUGCAGCGCCGUGAAGAACCUGGUGGACAGCAGCCUCUACUUCCGCAGCGUGGAGGGUCUUCUCAAACAGGCCAUCAGCAUCCGGGACCACAUGAACGCCACUGCGCAGGGCCACAGCCCUGAGGAACCACCCCUGCCCUCCUCAGCCUGAUCCCAGAAGAGACUUGGAGGUGCUUCAGCCCCUCUGACUCAGGUCAGUGACAAGUGGGAUCGUGAGCCUCCUCCGUGUUCUGAACUAAUCCACCCUGUCUGUGUCCCAGAAGGGACCCGCUUGUCUAACCGCUGGGGCUUUCUCCCUGGGGCUGGUAUGAUGCUUUCCUCAGUGCAAGGCUUCAGGGUCGUAGGAACCUUGAGGCCUCUGCUGCUCCGGAUGUCAUCAGCCUUUCUCCCUCAUGCCCUUUCUGCCAACUUCCUGUCCCUUCUCCAGACCACAGGCCCUGUCUCCACCCCACGUCACACCUGCCAAGACAGAAAGGGGUUCCCAUGUUUCUCCUAGCCUGCCACAUGCCAGCUGUCUGCUUUACUCACGCUGUUCUCUCAGGCAGAGCCCAGCAUGGCCAUUACCCACCCAGCUCAGGAAUCUCUGCUCCACUGCCGACCUGCUGAGUGACCCUGAGGAGGUCCCUCCCCUCUCUGGUCUCUGCUGUUCCCUUCUGUCAGAGUGGUUCAUCAGGCAGCAGAGGGCGCUGCUGCCCAGUUCCAUGUGUUGUAACCGUCAGCUGCUGCUGCGUGACAAGCUAUCCCAGAGCUUAGCGGCCAACACACCAGUCAUCUGGCUGCUCACAGUUCUGCAGCGUGGGCUGGGUCUGCUGGGCAGUUUGGCGGGGUUUAGCCAGAGGCCACCAUCUGACACUCUCGGAGUUCGAUGGGGCUGCCCAGUCAGAGGUGGCCUUGCUCACACGUCUGAACAUCAGCCAGUGCUAUCAGCUGCUGGGGCUCCAGUUCUCCUGUGCCCAGCCUCCCUGGCAGGCCUGCCCAGGCUUCUCUGGAGACCAGGUGCCAAGAGGGCAGCCCCAGUGUACCUGUGUUCAUCCAGCAUCUUCUUGCUUCCCCUUGUGAAUGUCCCAUUGGUCAAGGCCAGCUGCAUGCUAUUCUUUGCCCAUGGAGGACAGACCCCGGCAGAUGGGAGGCCUCUGAGGGACUUUCUAGCCCUCAACUCUUGUAUCUCUUAAAGCCCUGAUCAUUUGCUAGCCACGGUGAUGGCACACUGGGCUUCAGAGGCCCUCUCGGAGGGUUGGGGAGGCAUGGGUGCAACGGGGCCUUCCCAGCCCCCGAGCAACAGCCCCUUCCCAGACCUAAGAGGCAGCAGAGCUUAUGCCUAUGCAGUCAGAGUACUCAAUGAAUACCAGGUUUAGCUCUCUGUCUGGGGGUACUGAGGACUUCUGCCAGCCGUGGGAUCGCCUAGGGGGCAUCUGGGAGGGCCUGGAGCCAGAGGGGCUGCCCAGAGGCUCAGCAGCCCACCCAGGGCCCUGUACCAGGUUGCCCGCCAGCCCUGGGUUCACACAUCACCUUCUCUCUCCCCUCCCAUCUCUUUGCCCCGGUGCCCCUCCCCCACCACCCAGCCUCAAGGCUACUGCCCUUCCAACACCCUGUGUCACCUGCCAUCCCUCUGCUGCUACAGGCCCUUCGGAAUAAAAUGAUCUGUGGCUCCUUC